CCAGAGUCGAGUGCCUUCUGCCUGAUAGAGUGGCUCGCGCGACUCUGCCUCUGUCUUCCGUCUGCCGUCCUCUCCCGUAGUGAGGCCUCCCUCCUCGAGAUCUACCUCUCCCUCUCUUCUCCCUCCCACGGUGUCCCUACAAAAGCACACUGCAAGCAGCUCUUAGACAGCGGUGACUCUCCAAAAGGCGUUGUGAUCUAGAAGAUGAGCCCAGCGGGCGCUUCAGCGCCAUCUGUGGAGGAGCCGCAGGCGUCUCCCAUGACGUGACACGAGGAUGAGUGGCACGGUUUCCUCUGCCAGCCUCCAGACGCAUAUUUCUGCGUCUGUCGGCACCCCCAUCGGCCUGUGCAAUCAACACGUAAGUGCGUUUGCAGUGAGUGGGUUGGGGGAUAUGUGGCCAUGGGAUGUGCCUUUCGCUUUCUUCUGUCGUUCUCAGCACCGUCUGAGCUUGGCAGCAUCAGAGGCAGACAGCGAGCUGGCAGCACGACGGCCGACACUGGCUGACAUGAGGCAUGACGCUGAGAGAAUGGGCCAGCGGCUGUCUGCCCACUUCAUGGAGGUCAAGGACAGCUUGCAGGGACUCCUAGAGGUCAGAAGAAAGUCAAACACUCACUCACACAUCACACAAUGGAAGGACGCUCUCUGUGGUAUCCCUGCUCGUCCGUCCAGCAAUGCUCUGACUCGUACGUUCGGUGCGCGCUGGAGCAGAAGGGCGUGCACGACAAGCUGCAGCGGGACAUCACUGCUCUCAAGGCGGAGAAGGUCUCACUGGCAAGGCAGCUCCAGGAUAUGGACCAGAGGACGAGACGGAUCGAGGAAGACAUCGGAUAGAUGACACUUGGAAAACUAGAGGGAAGGAAUGUAGGCAGGUAGACAUCUCCUGCAGACAAGCAGGUCGAAGUGCAUUGCAGAGACACUGUGUUGCCGACUGAAGCACCAGUCGUUUUCUGAUUAGUCUGGUCUUCGUUCUUGAUGCACACGUCGGCACGUGUGUGUCAUGUCAGUGGGGGAAUUGGCUGCGUGUGGCUGAUCUGUACCUGUGUGCGGCUGUGAAUGGGUGCGUGCAUACAGGUAGGGAUCGAUGCAUGACAGUGUGUGCGGCUGUCGAUGGAAGG